AUGGCGGAUCGGCUGCGAGCUUUGUUCAAGGGUGAGGCCCUCACUUACGCCUACCUUCUUCUCUACAUCGCACUCUCCAGCGGCCAGAUCUUCUUCAACAAGUGGGUUUUGUCGUCCAAGGAAAUAAACUUCCCUUAUCCUCUUGGAUUGACUCUGCUUCACAUGGUCUUCUCCUCUGUCUUAUGCUUUUUACUCACGAAAGUUUUUAAGAUUAUGAAGAUCGAGGAAGGAAUGACAGUAGAAAUAUACGUCUCAUCAGUAAUGCCAAUUGGUGCAAUGUUUGCAAUGACUCUUUGGCUGGGAAAUACUGCCUACAUGUAUAUUUCUGUUGCAUUUGCACAAAUGUUGAAAGCAAUCAUGCCAGUAGCUGUUUUCAUUCUUGGGGUAGCAGCAGGACUUGAGGUAAUGAGCUGCAGAAUGCUAUUGAUCAUGUCAGUGAUAAGUUUAGGUGUUCUGGUGGCUUCUUACGGUGAAAUAAAUAUCAGCUGGAUUGGAGUAGUUUAUCAAAUGGGAGGAGUUGUUGGAGAAGCUUUAAGACUUAUUUUUAUGGAGAUUUUUGUUAAAAGGAAGGGUCUCAAAUUAAAUCCAAUAUCUCUCAUGUACUAUGUUAGUCCGUGCAGUGCUCUUUGCCUACUCAUUCCAUGGAUCUUUUUGGAGAAAACAAAGAUGGAAGAAAAUAGCUCAUGGAACUUUCCACUCCUUCUGCUAACACUCAAUUCUCUGUGCACUUUUGCCCUCAACUUAUCAGUUUUCCUUGUGAUCACUCAUACAAGUGCCUUGACCAUUCGUGUUGCUGGAGUUGUCAAGGAUUGGGUGGUUGUCUUAUUGUCUGCCCUUCUCUUUGCUGAUACAAAGCUGACUAUUAUAAAUCUGGCAGGUUAUGGCAUUGCCAUAGCAGGUGUAGCAGCAUACAAUAAUCACAAGUUAAAAAAAGAAGUUUCUAGAGGCAACCCUGAAGAAGCUGAAAGUUCUCAACCUACACUAACGGCGGCAUCAUCAGAUUCCAACAAAACUGAAAUUGAAAGUAUAAAGAUGUCAAGUUCGCAGAAGUGUGUCAUCCUCACAAAGGCGCUAGAGAUUGGAGAGAGAUAUGCUAUUGGGGUGGUGGUGGUGGAGGCGUUGUUCCGGACGGAGCAGCAGCAGCAGAACGGCGUCGUGCGAUGGUCGUCGUCAACGUUGAUGGGCCUGCAAUUUCAAUUGCAGAUGAGUUGGCAGCCGAGUCUACUGAGUCACAAGCGCAAGACGGGCCCACCUCUAGGGUUAAGGAACCUCGGCAACUCUUGCUACCUCAACAGCGUCCUUCAGUGCCUCACCUACACCCCUCCUCUCGCCAAUUUCUGCCUCCGCAACCAACACACCUCUCUCUGUGACUCUUCGGAUGCGGAGCGGAAGCGCGACUGUCCAUUUUGCAUUUUGGAGAAGCGAAUAGUGCGCUCGCUCAGUCUGGAUCUCAGUCUAGAUGCGCCGCAGAAGAUACAGAGCUGUCUCAGGAUUUUCUCCGAACACUUUCGGUGCGGUCGCCAGGAAGACGCCCACGAGUUUCUCCGCUACGUGAUCGAUGCUUGCCACAACACCUGCCUUCGCCUCAAGAAGCUGCGGCGCACUGCCAGCUCUAAUGGCAAUGGCAACGUGGCCAAUGGCAUAGGCAAUGGGACGACGACGUCAACUGUGGUGAAGGAGAUAUUCGGGGGAGCUUUGCAGAGCCAGGUGAAGUGUCUAUCCUGUGGCACAGAAUCCAAUAAGGUUGAUGAGAUAAUGGAUAUUAGUCUUGAUGUUUUUCAUAGUAAUUCGGUUAAAGACGCCCUGCAAAGGUUCUUUCAGCCUGAGCUUUUGGAUGGCCAGAACAAGUACAAAUGCGAAAGUUGUAACAAAUUGGUGGCAGCAAGGAAGCAAAUGUCUAUUCUUCAAGCACCCAAUGUUCUUGUUAUCCAACUUAAGAGAUUUGAGGGUAUAUUUGGCGGGAAGAUUGAUAAAUCUAUUUCAUUUGAGGAUGUUUUGGUGCUCUCAAGCUUCAUGUGCAAAGCAAGCCAGGAUCUGCGGCCUGAGUAUAAGCUUUUUGGCACUAUUGUGCAUUCAGGCUUCUCACCAGAGUCUGGUCACUAUUAUGCAUAUAUUAAGGAUGCCAUGGGUCGGUGGUAUCGCUGCAAUGAUUCAUUUGUCUCGCUUUCCACCUUGCAAGAGGUAUUAUCUGAAAAGGUUUACAUCCUUUUCUUCUCUCGUACAAACCAAAGGCCAGCAGCUAGCACUGCUUCCAAUGGAGUGAGUUCUCGUGACUGUAAUGGCCGUGAAACAUCUCAAAGCCCAAAGCCUGCUCUUCCACCGAAAGGAGCACAAACAAAAACUUAUGAACAGUCUUCUUGGAAGGAUAUCUCAGCCAUAUCUAAGGUUGAUAAAGCACCUUCUAGCCCACGGAUGAAGUUUAAUAUCAGUGGAAAUUCUAGCUCCAAAAGAGCUCCUGCAACUAAUAAUGGAAAAUUUGCUUGCAAGAAUCAAUCCUUAGGAUCAAACGGGGAAAGAGCUCCUGGAACUGAUAAUGGAAAAGUUGCUCACAAAAAUCAAUCCUUAGGAUCAAAUGGGGAAAGACCUCGGACAACUGAUAAUGGAAAAAUUGCUUAUAAGGAUGAAGCAUUUCGAUCAGAUGGGGAAAGAACUCCUGCUACUGAUAAUGGAAAAAUUGCUCACAAGAAUCUAUCUUUAGGAUCAAAUGGGGAAAGAGCACCUGCAACUGAUAAUGGAAAAAUUGCUUACGAGAAUCAGUCCAUAGGAUUGAAUGGAGAUGUGAAGGACCCAGUUAGUUUGGAGAAACGUGAGAAAGCUAAGACAUCUUUGAUAAACAAGGAUGGUUUACACAGAGAUAAAAAGUCUGAUAUUAUUGGUGGUAACAGUAGCAAAGCUUCUUUGUUAUCACGAGAAAAUGGUGGUACUGGUUCAGUAAAAACUGAACUCUGUGAAGGUAUUGGUGCACGAGACAGGUUGACAGCGGGGGAAGUGCCUGAUCACAGUGAAUUGGAUAAUAGUGGUCUCCAUGGCCACUCUGGGGUCUCUGGGCCCAAAAGAAAAUCUCAGGAUUCAUGCAUUUUGUUUGCACGUGAUGAUCAAUCCCGGGCAGAAGUUGAAGGACUGAAGGAAAUUCUCAAGAAAGAAGCUUCUUCAGUUUUGCGAUCAUGUGGCUGGUCGGAUAAAGUGCACAGUUUUAUGCGUUCAAAGAAAAGGUUAUGUGCACAGCAAGUUGGAACCGAUCUGAACAGUGAUGAAGUGAAGUAA